AUGGGGAUAGACCGACAACUUGGAACGAGGGAGUACUGUUUAUCUGUGUUUCAUGUAGCUCUAUUGCUUUUUUUCGGAAAGCAGGCUUUGGCUCAGAUAAGAUACUCUAUUCCAGAGGAGGUGAAAGAAGGAACUGUUGUUGGAAAUGUUGCCAAGGAUCUUGGCCUUGAUAUCACCCUGUUAACUGACCGACGGUUCCGUGUUGUUUCUGGAUCAAAGGAGAAUUUUUUUGAGGUGAACCAGGACAAUGGGGCUCUGUAUAUCCACAAGAAAAUCGACAGAGAGGAGCUCUGUGAGGGCAGCGGUGCGUGUCUGACGGAGCUAAAAAUCCUCGUUGAAAAUCCUUUGGAAAUGCACUAUGUAGUUGUAGAAAUUACUGAUGUAAAUGAUCACUCUCCUAGUUUCCCCGAAAAAGAACAACGAUUUGAAAUAGGUGAACAAACAUUACCAGGAAGGCGAUUUCAGCUGCACACUGCUCGUGAUCCCGAUGCUGGAAUUAACUCAAUUCGUACAUACACUUUAACUUCAAAUGAACAUUUUGAAGUAGAUAUCCGCCAAAGCGAUGAGGAAAAAAUGCCGUUUUUGGUGCUGAAGAAAUCGUUAGACAGAGAACAAAAGAACAAACACACGCUGCUGGUCACAGCAGUUGAUGGAGGUAAACCACAACGAUCAGACACGCUAAAUGUUUCAAUUAUUGUUCUUGACAGUAAUGAUAAUCGUCCGAUAUUUAAUCAAGAGAUUUACCAAAUCGCAGUAAAAGAAAAUGUUCCAGUCGGUACUUCAAUAUUUAAAAUGAAUGCAACGGAUGCUGAUCAAGGCACCAAUAGUGAAAUUGAAUACAGCCUUGGUAAAACUCUGAAGAAAAAAGUCUAUGACAUCUUUGAAUUAGAUAAAUUAACUGGAGAGAUCAGAGUUAAAGGAGUGGUGGAUUUUGAAGAAAACGACAUUUAUAAACUCGAUGUUGAGGCAUCCGAUAUGGGGACGCCUCCCCUGACAGGUGAGUGUAGGGUCAUUAUAAAAAUCAUAGAUAUCAACGAUAAUCCGCCGGAAAUUGAAGUUACAUCACUAUCAAAUACAGUGUCUGAAGACUCAAAACCUGGCACAGUUAUUUCACUACUUAGUGUGACGGAUAAAGACUCCGGUAUCAAUGGAAAAAUAAUAUCAAGCAUAACCUCAGAGGUGCCCUUUGAAUUAAAGCCCUCCUAUAAGGAGAACAUAUAUUCAGUUGUCACGAAGGAAUUUUUGGAUCGAGAGGAGGUGUCACAUUAUGAAAUAACAAUAAAAGCCACUGACUGUGGCGAACCUCCCUUAUCUGCUUUUAAAACUUUCAGUAUUCAGAUAUCAGAUGUAAAUGACAACAGUCCACAUUUUGACAAAAAUCCUUUACACUUUUACCUGUCAGAAAAUAACGUUGCUGGAACGUCAAUAUUCUCUGUAAGGGCAACGGACAAAGAUGCAAACGACAACGCAGCUAUUUCAUAUCAUGCUGUGAGAGAAGGGAGACAAAAUGACAUAAUUUCCUUUAUAAAUGUAAAUCCAGAUAAUGGACACAUCACUGCGCUAAAAAGUUUCGACUUUGAAACUCUGAAAACGUUCCAGUUCCAAGUUGUCGCCACAGAUUCUGGAACUCCGUCACUAAGCAACAACGUCACAGUAAACGUGUUCAUUCUGGAUCAGAACGACAACGCUCCAGUCAUCCUGUAUCCAGUCAGCUCCAACGGUUCUGCUGAAGGUGUGGAGGAGAUUCCCCGCAAUGUCAACGCAGGACACUUGGUGACUAAAGUCAGAGCCUAUGACGCUGAUAUAGGAUAUAACGGCUGGUUACUCCUUUCACUGCAGGAAGUUACUGACCACAGUCUCUUUGGUUUGGACCGCUAUACAGGACAGAUCAGAACACUUCGCUCAUUUACAGAGACAGACGAGGCUGAGCAUAAACUGGUCAUACUGGUCAAAGACAAUGGCAACGUCCCACUCUCAGCAACAGCUACUGUCAUUGUCAAACUUGUGGAGCCCAAAGAGGCUUUUGCU